CUCUGCGCGCCAGAACCUAGGCGGGAGGGCGGAGCCCGAAGCGGGGAGCGCAGCUGCUUGGUGUGUGGAGAUCCUGGAAGCUUCGGAGCCGGCGCUCGGAGCCGCGCGGCUGGAGCAGGCGGCGGAGACAAAGGCGACGAUAGGGCCAGUGUUGAGUGAAACAAACGCAGAAACCAAAUGAGAAGAAGUCUUCAAGGAACAACUUAUGCUAAUGAGUCUGAAGAGUCUCCUGUGUGUGUCUUUCAGCAUAGUCUCCAUUCAGAGAGCUGAGUGAGUGGCCACAUUGAUGAGUGACCUGCUGCCGUCUCUGAACCAAAGCUGCUCUUUCCUUCCCACUGACCUGGAACCAGUAUCUGUAGAAACGGAAGCAGAGAAAAGAAACAAAUCAGACAUCCCUUUCAAUCAACUUGAGACAUUUGACUCCAGGGACAGAGGCACGGUGAAAUAAAGUUAUUUUGGCGACCAUUCCUCACUUUGAGGGUGCACGUUGUGGAGCUUCCUGUCUGAAGAUUUGGAGCCUUCGGUGGUGCUUGCUCAGGCCUUGGACUGAGAGCAUGAGUGAAUUCUGGUUGUGUUUCAACUGCUGUAUUGCAGAGCAGCCUCAGCCUAAGAGGCGACGACGGAUUGACCGAAGUAUGAUCGGAGAGCCAACCAACUUUGUGCACACAGCUCACGUAGGAUCCGGAGAUCUAUUUAGUGGGAUGAACUCAGUCAGCUCCAUUCAGAACCAAAUGCAGUCCAAGGGAGGCUAUGGAGGUGGAAUGCCUGCCAACGUGCAGAUGCAGCUCGUGGACACCAAGGCAGGAUAGCCCUGGUCCCUUCACCUGUCAUCGUGAAUUCCUGUAUUUUCUCUGUCCACAGUUCUAUAAUAUUUUUGUCUUGUGAUUGGAUUUCUUUUAUUUUAAUUAUAAAAAAGAAGUGUGGCGGCAAUCUGUUCACCCCCGUGAUCUCCAGCAAAGACGUUCCUGCUCCAAGGAAGGCAGCGUCAGGCCGACCUGCCUUGCCGCCAGCGGCAUGCAUGCCUGGGACUCUGACAGAGUUCUUUGGAUCGUAGCUGAAUUUUCAAUGUUUAAUUGACAUGGAUCGGAUCUUAGCAUGGUCUUUUCUGUGACUGCUAGCACUGUAUUGUAAUUUUUCCAUUUUAAACCUUUUCAUUGCACCUCCAGCCCCUCUGCCUUAUGAUUUAACUGGUAAACAAAGACCUGUAAUUACUGCCACCAUUUAUGUAUAUUUUGAAGGUAUGAGACCCACAAGCACAAUAGUCCUUUUCAUCUGUUGGAAACUUGAGCGGAGCGCGUCUGCACACUCCAUGGUCCUGCUCAGAGGGGACCCCAUGGGACGCCAGACAUCCAUCCUGAGCUGCUGUGGCCUGAGGAUGCUCAGAGGAGGCUCUUUACAGAUAUUUCAAGUGGGUUCUGGUCGACUAGAGCAGUGACAGGAAAGCCUGCGUUCAGAGGCAGUUGCUUGGCUGUAAAUGUUCAGUGUAUUUAUUUGAGAGUAAGGACCUGUGAUUGUGAGCAGAUACAGUCUGUAUCUGAGUAUUGUGAAGCCCAUUCAGUUUCUCAGCAUCUUCGUCCUGUUAGCUCUUCUUUGUGUACCCAUUGCUGUUUUCUAUUUAGUCAUUUGGUGUCAAAUUGUUUCCACUAGCUGUGUGUUGAAAUUCUGGCCUCUGCUACCAGCUGUGACUUGCAGAGUCCUUGGCCUUCCAGUGUUCCACUUACUGUGGAGGCUGUGGCAGCUUCCAACAGCCACCUGCUGCCUGGCUGAUUCACAGUGACACUGGUUAGUAAGAGGCCUUUGCUCAGGUCCCAUUCUGUUCCUCUUCCCUGCUGAGUAUAGGUAGCUGGAUCCUGUGGUCCACUUUGCUUACUAUCUAACUGCCUUUGAUUGAUUGAUUGAUUGAUUAGCAUUUGUGCAGAAUAUGGGUCUUAACUGAGAUUAGAGUGCUGAAGGCAUGUAGGUCCUUGUCUAGAGAAGCUGUGAUCUUUUCUGCCUUUGCCUGUCCCUGAACUGAGAAUGCUGACUGAAGAGCCACUGAAGGCUGACGCAGGCAAAGCCGAAAGCAUUUCUCCUACAUUUCUUCUGAACAUAACUUACCAGUAGGGUGGAACACUGGAUGACCUGAUUCUUUGAUUUUGCAAUUCUUACCGUUCUUAGGUGUCAAUCCUGAACACAGAGAAUUUCUCUGUCGAGGAGAACCAUUUUCUCACUGUUGUCUUUCACUCACCGUAUGGACACUGCACUCUAGAGUCUGUCAUUCUGCUUAGCCAGGGUGAGGUUCCUGCCAGGGCACUGCUGUGUGCAGACUCUUUCUGUAUAACAGACAGGGAUUUCUUGGCAUCAUUGGCACUGAUAGAUGGGACAGCACAGGGAGCCAUUGUCCCCUCCCCCAUCACUGUUUGCUGCUCCAAGGCCAGUCAUUAAUAAGCCAAAGGCUCCUGAAGCCCCUGAUGGUCCUGGCAGCCUCUGACCUCUCAGCACAGUGAGACACUGUACGCAGUGCACCGCCUGGUGCCCUGGAGGGCUCCAGUAAGGUCAAGAGAAUGUACAGAGUAACCUGGUACAUGGUGUUUAUGGAGGCCUAAGGAUGCCGGCAAAGGUGCAGGGAGACAUACUUCCCACCUCCCCACAUGGGAUUGUAAACCUUGGGAACUCCUUUGUUCCCCCAGUCACACAUCUCAUUUUUAAAUUGGAGCUAAUAGGAUUUUGUACCCAGAAUUUAUUAUAUAGUUAAUACUUCUCUGAAAUACAUGGUAACAACUAGUAAGCAAGAGAAACCGAAGAUUGCAGCAGUGUGCUGGGCACAGCUUCUCCAGUGGGCCUGGAGAGUUUGUCAAUUAGCUUCCCUGUGGUCAUUAAAUGGAGCUGUUAGGGUAGAGCAGUGGCCUGAUCUGCUCAGUGACUUGUGCUCAGCACCAGAAGACAAGAUGGACGUAUUUUUAUAAUCUAAGCAUACUUUUUUUGUACAUUGUGUUCAUUCUUGAAUAAAGUGAGCUCACUGUUGGCUUGUAGAUAUUAAAAAAAGGAAAGUAUUGAUUUUGAUUCAAUAAAUGUUUUCUUUUA